UACUCACGCUCACAUUAGCACAGUUGACCGCUGCGUCCAGAUGGUGGCGAUGCCCGCAGCCCGCUUCAUUCAAUAGACCAGCAAAGUACCAAAACACAGAAACUGCGCUGGACUACAGACGUGACGCGUCUGCCAGAAUAUAACGACAUAUUUACCACGUAAUUAGGCUCGUGUUGGUCCAUUUUACGGGCAGAAAAAUUAAAACAUGGUAGUUAAAACGAGAAAAUCAAAUGCCAAGGAACAGAGCAGUGAGAAAGACAGGAGUCCGUCUGUGUCUGUUAAAAGCAGGCGUGGGAAAGAUGGAAAAAGCUCGGCUAUUCAGAGCAAAAACGGACUCUUUUCUGAGUUAAUAAGAAACAAAUUGGGCUUGAGUCCGUCCGCUUUUGCAAGAGGAGUAACAGUGUUGAUACUCGCUGUUAUUGUUGGAUUUUUACACUGGUAUCAUCUCUCACAUCUAUUUGAAAAUGACAGACACUUUUCACACAUGUCAUCCUUGGAGAAGGAGAUGGCUUUUCGAACAGAGAUGGGGCUGUAUUACUCAUACUUCAAAACCAUCAUUAAGGCUCCUUCCUUCAUGAGUGGUCUAUACAUGAUCAUGAAUGACAGGCUCACCGAAUACCCUUUGGAGAUAAACACCUUAAAGAGGUUCAACGUGUACCCUGAGGUGUUCUUGGCCAGCUGCUACAGAGUAUACAGCAGUUCAAUGGAUUUCUUUGGGAUCCCUACCAAGAUGUGUUGGACCAUCAACAGAGGGGAGGGACUUGAGCCAGUGGAGAGUUGUGAAGGUUUGGGGGACCCUGCAUACUUUUAUGUCACUUUUGUUUUCCUGUUAAAUGGAGCAAUGAUGAGUCUGUUUUUCAUUUAUGGAACAUUUCUGAGUGGCAGUCGACUGGGUGGUACUGCUACAGUUCUGUGUUUCUUCUUUAACCAUGGAGAGAGCACACGGGUUAUGUGGACUCCUCCCCUCAGAGAAAGCUUCUCCUACCCCUUUCUGGUUCUACAGAUGCUUCUGGUCACGUACAUCCUCCGGACAAAGAACCCAAGUAGAAAUACCAUGAUGGCUCUGGUUAUCUCUAAUAUUUUCUUCAUGCUGCCUUGGCAAUUCGCCCAGUUCAUCUUACUUACUCAGGUGGCCUCCCUGUUUGCUUCAUAUAUCCUUGGAUAUCUGAGCCCAGCGAAAAUGCAGUCCCUCUUAGUGACACACAUGAUUUCCUUGGCCGUCUGUUUCCUUCUAAUGUUCGGGAACUCAAUGCUGCUGACGUCCUUCUACGCCUCUUCUCUGGUCUCCAUCUGGGGGGUUAUUGCUCUUAGGGACCAUUUUGUUGGUACUUUCAAACCUGGGCUCUUCACAUGGAUCAUGCAGUGCCUCACAUGGGUGGUCUCUACUGUAAUUUUAAAGUUCAUGCUCUCUGUGAUCUUGGGGGCAUCAGAUGAUGCUCACAUCAACAGUCUGAUCAAAUCCAAGUUCACAAACUACAAAGACUUUGACACAAUGAUGUACACAUGUGCAGCUGAGUUUGAUUUCAUUGAAGCAGACACUCUUUUCCGCUACAUCAAAACCUUGCUGCUUCCAGUUAAUGUGCUGAUUGUGGGUUUCAUUGCUGGGAGGACUAUACGGGAUGUUAUGUUUCUCAGAAAUGGUGAGACAAACAAGUGUGAGGAUGAUGAAACAGAGCAGACCCAAGUGAUGGCGAAUGGAGUGCUGGUUUACCACAGUCUACAGCUGGUAGCAUUUGCAGUGUUGGCUGUGCUCAUUAUGAGACUGAAGCUGUUCCUUACCCCUCACAUGUGCAUCAUGUCCUGUUUAAUCUGCUCCAGACAGCUGUUUGGCUGGAUAGGACAGAAAUUUAAACUUCAAAUUAUAGUCGUUGCAAUAUUGUCCAUGAUGGCGAUCCAAGGAGUAGCCAACCUGCAGAGUCAAUGGGGCAUCAUAGGAGAAUUCAGCAACCUUCCACAAGAAGAGCUCUUGGAGUGGAUCAAGGACAACUCAAGCCUUAAUGCUGUGUUUGCUGGUGCUAUGCCCACCAUGGCUAGUGUAAAACUGUCCACUAGCAGAGCCAUCGUCAAUCAUCCACAUUACGAGGAUGCAGGAUUGAGAGAAAGAACAAAGAUGGUAUAUGCCAUGUACAGCCGGAAGCCAGCCGAGGAAGUAAAGAGGAACUUGAUAAAGUUGCAGGUGGACUACUUCAUCCUAGAGGACUCAUGGUGCACCAGACGCUCAAAGCCUGGUUGCAGCAUGCCUGAGAUCUGGGAUGUGGAGGACACACAAAAUGCUGGAAAAGUGCCACUUUGUACUCUCAUGUCUAAGGAUUCGCGACCCCACUUCUCCACUGUCUUUAACAACAGCAUUUACAAAGUCCUUCGAGUUCCCAAAAUAGUGAAAGAUAUCAGAUAACUGUGCCCCAACCCCCAAAAACAUAGACCCUUCUGUUUUCCUGUCUUUGAUACGCAAGUGUGAGAAUAUUCACAGCAAUUAUUAUUUUUGUAAAGGGCAGUCCUGUUUUUUCUUGAGAUCUGCUUUUGUUUUCUGGUUGACUGUUAUUUUCCCUUCAUUGGUGCUGCUGUUUGUUGUUUAGUUAAGGUCCAGAUGUUUUUCAAAGGUUGAAAGAUUUUUAACAUUGUUUACCAUAGUAAUUUCAAAUUUCUGUGCAUAGAAUACUGUAUUUUAUUUCUGCUAUUUUAGGGCUGACCUGUGGAUGAAAGUUUUCAAGAUUUAUAAACCCCUUUUGUAAAAGUUUAAAAUUGACAUUUGUUUUUGGCAGAUGUUCUCUUACCUAAGUGAUUUAAUAUACACUUUGAGGAAGGAUUUUGUUACUGUGUAUAUUGAUAUAUUUUUAAAUUCUACCAACUCUGUUUUAUUAAUGAAAUACUGCUUGUAGGUACGAAAAACAUGGUCACGGUUAUGCAUUAUUGGAAAAGCAUUUUGUUGUGAAAUAGUAUUCUAAACUUUGUUAUAAAGAUAUUGUCAGAUAUUGCUCAGACGUUUUUUCAGUUGGAGCAGUCAUUUAUACCUUCAGUGUCACUUCUCAUCGGUCAGCGCAUUGCGUGUUUUUUGACAAGUUUGUGCCAGGUUGCAGUAUGUUUCAGUUCCCCAACUGUCUUUCCUGAUGUCACGGUUAUAGUGAUUUUAAUGAGAAUAGUCUUUUCAAAUUAAACUGAGAAACUGGAAUCACUGCCAUAGUGUUAUUAAAGCUAUUUGUAGUGUUAUGUGUCCUAAUGGCCUUGCAAUUGUUCAUGCAAAGGGUAACAAUUACACAUGUGAACUGUCUUCAGGAAACUCAUCCACUUUGUAUUUUCUCUUUGAUUUAUCUGAUGUUUAGUCUUGAACCAUUAUAGGACAGUGUUGAUUUUGUUCUUAACCUUGUAUAUUUCUCAAUAUUAAAUUGUUGUUUUGAAUAUGUUCAUCAUUUACAGCAAUAUGGCUUAGAUGGGGGGAAAGUAUAUAUUUAUUUUG